AUGGAAUACCUUGAAACAUCAGCAGGAAGCCCACUGCAAUAUAUGGCUGACGUUUAUGGUCACGGGCUAAAGUACGAACGACCACCAUUUACUUUCCAAAGUAACAAUUGGGAAGCGCUUGCGCGGGAUCGAAUGUCACAAGAUUCGCUAGGUUACGUUUGCGGAAGCGCUAGUACUGGGGAAACCGACCGUAAAAACCGAGCUGCUUUCCAAAAAUGGUCGCUUGUCCCACGGCGUCUCGUCAAAACAACCUCAUAUCCCCGUCUUGAUACUCACUUGCUAGGUCAGAACUUUCCAUCGCCUAUUGCAAUCGCACCAGUUGGAGUACAACGAAUUUUCAAUCCUGAUGGGGAAAUUGCAGCUGCGAAGGCGGCUGCAAGAGAAAAAGUUCCGUAUAUCUACAGUACAGCUGCGGCUACAUCAAUGGAAGAUGUUGCUAAGGCGAAUGGCAAUGGAGUUCGUUGGUACCAGUUGUAUUGGCCUUCCAACGAACACAAUGAUUUGACGGCGAGUUUAUUGAAACGAGCUAAAUCCAAUGGUUUUAGUGCUCUUUUCGUGACUCUUGACACAUAUAAGCUGGGAUGGCGUCCAAGUGAUCUCGACAAUGCUUAUAAUCCAUUUUUACGUUCUGACAGCAUAGGUACAGCUUUGGGGUUUUCAGAUCCUGUGUUUCGAAGUCAUUUUAAGGCAAAACAUGGAAAGGAAGUGGAAGACGAUUUACAUGACGCUGCCAGUGAAUGGGCAGGAUUAAUCUUCCCGGGAUUUAGCCAUGGUUGGGAGGACAUUGCAUUCUUGCGCAAGCACUGGGAUGGACCGAUUGUAUUGAAAGGUAUUCAGUCAGUUCAGGAUGCAAAAAUGGCAGCCGAAUUAGGUAUCGAAGGAAUUGUAGUCUCAAACCAUGGAGGAAGGCAGCAGGACGGGGGACCCGCUUCUUUAGAUUGCCUUGUCAAAAUAGUUGAGGCUGUUGGAAAAGAAAUUGAUAUCCUCUUUGAUUCGGGAAUCCGUUGCGGCUCUGAUAUUGCCAAGGCGAUGGCUAUCGGAGCCAAAAUGGUCUUGAUUGGUAGACCUUAUAUUUACGGCUUGGUGCUUGGUGGAGAAGAGGGUGUGGGUCAUGUUCUACGCUCCUUGCUGGGAGAUUUGACGAUGAACUUACAUCUCGCUGGAAUACCAUCAGUAUCGCAAGAGGAUUUGAACAAAGAAUGUCUCGAAUAUGACGGUUGA